GGAUCGGUUCUAAGUAGAUUGAUAAUCUGGGGAGAUAAUAAUUUAAUGGUCAUACUAGUGAGUGCUUGGAUAUGGAGAGCUUUAGGAAUUUGGUAAAUUCAUUCGGUAUCCCACGUCGGCAUCCUCAAAUCAAUAGUCAAGAUGAAGUUUCGUCAACUCAUGACCGACCGAUAAAUCCGGUCGGUGGAGAAGAUGAAAGUAUAACAUUAUUGACGACAUAUCCCUUGCGUGCCACCUCAUCCAUAAAUAGCAAGAUGUUUUCUCAGUUUAGAGGAUUUUCUACAUUAUUCCGCCUGCCUUAGAUCGCUACUAUGGAUUCUGCUAAGUUCUCUCAAUUCAACGUUUCAGUCAAAACCUACAAAUCAGUCCGAGACCAUGAAAUCCAAGCCUAUGUUCUCGUACCCAAAAAUAUAUCUCCUGGGCCUCAUCCUGUGAUCGUGAAAAUUCACGGUGGGGGUUCGGUAGCUGGAUCAGCGGUCUACGCUCCUUGGUUUCCCCAAUAUCUCCUAACCCUCGCGCUUCGAGAAUCUGCCAUCAUUAUCGCCCCAAACUAUCGACUCCUGCCGGAAUCAACUGCUCCAGAAAUGAUCUCCGAUAUUUCCGAUUUCUGGUCCUGGAUGCGCACAUCAUCACUCCGAUCUUCCCUUCCUUCUAAUAUCACAGCCAACCUUUCUCGCACUCUCUUGUAUGGCGAUAGUGCAGGUGGGCAUCUCGCCAUGCUAUCCGCACUAACCGAACCGGAAAAUACCAUAAGAGUAUGCAUAGCCGCAUAUCCGCAACUAGAUAUCGAAGAUGAGUGGUUCUGCAAGAAAUUUGAAAAACAUCCUUUUGGUGCACCCUUGCUCCCUACAGCUAUCUUGGAUAAUCAUUUAGAAAAGAUGGACAAGGACCCAAGUAAACGAGAACUUGUUUCCGAUACAAGAGAUCCAGGGGAGAGAUUGCAACUUAUUCUUGUGGCGUUGCAGCAGGGAAGAUACAAAGAAAUGUUUGGGGAAGAGGAACAUGUAUAUCCUUUCCGAGUUCUUAAAAAAAUAUCUAAAGAUGGGGCGAAGAGAAAAAUGCCUUUCCUUUGGCUAUAUCAUGGAGAAGAGGAUAGUGUUUUGCCUGUUGCCGGCACCACGAAGUUUGCUAGGAAAUGGAGGGAGGCAUUUGGAGAAGAGGGGUUGAUGGUGCAUACCGAAGAAGGCGAGGACCAUGGAUUUGAUACCGAGACAGAUGUUGAUGCGGGAUGGGUGAAGGAGAGGUUGGAGAAGGUUGUGGGGGUCUGGUUGAGCUAGAGGUGAUUGAGUGGACUUCAUAUUUUUGAAUCAAAUCAGACUUUAUAAUUAUACGUGAAAAUAUCGUGGCCAUCAUGACCUCUGGCUCAUUGUUCAAGUGAAUUGUAUUUCCCA